CUUUUUUUACUCAGUUUAAGUUAUUGUACGGGCUGUGUUGCGCUCAUUGUGCAGUUUAUGGUUUUUGGCUAGCUGCUUUGAACCACCGCCAGGCUCAGAGACUACUUUAGUACUUUGCUAGAGUCGCGUUUGUCCUGUUUUUUGGUUUCUUCUCCCCUGAAUGUAAAGUUUUACUAAUUGUUUGCACUGUAGUGGUGUUAAUUGUUUUGCUGUGUUUCCGGUGCAGCAUGUACAUGUUGCACUAAACGGUAUUGAAAUUAAUUGACUUUUACCCUAACUUUAUCAGCUCAUAACUGCGUAUCUUGUUAACAAAAAAGAAAGAAAGAAAGAAAAUAGGCGUGUAAUUGCGUGUGUUUGAGGGUGGUAUACAACACUAUCGUUAAGUCUAAGCUCCUAUAGGGACAUUAAAGUGACACCAUGGGAGAUUAUAAAUAGCAAUGCCAUUAACUGGGACGUCACUUGAAUGAGCACCAAGACAUUACUCGCAUAUUUAUUCUUUAAGGUUGUUUAUUUAUUUAGAUAGUGGGGUUUUAACUUGUGCAUAUCCUUACUGUCACUGACAAUUUAAAUUCAGCCAGUUUUAAACAACGCAGUUAUGAUUAUGCAGUGUUUGUUGUCUCAAGUGCAUUUAACCUGUUGCUGCUAUGAACCUUUUAUUUUAUGCAGUCCUUCUCAUAUAUUGAUUCAUUCUGGAGUCUUUGAUCCUCUGUGGCAUGUUAAAUAUGGAAAAAGGGCAAGAAACCAACCUUAGUUUCACUUAAUAAGACUUUGUUAUCUGAAAAGUCUUGCAGUAGAUCAUAAAUGCAAAUGCAUGCAAAGUAGAACUCUUAAAAGGCUUUCCUUAUGAACUGUACUAUCCAGAGUGUGUUUUUUUUUUUCAAACAAGUACUUGUGUAAAAAAUAUAUCCACACACCCUUUUCUAUAAUGCAAGCUAAGAUAUAAUUGCUGAUUUGGUUGUUGUAUGUCCUCCAGCUGGAAUGUAAGAUUCCAUUAGCUUCACUGCUGUUAUGACUGUCUCCUGUUUCUCAUAUAGAGUAAAAGAAAACUUAUAACUUUAAGUUGCAGACUUUUGCCAGAAUAUAGGGGUAUUUGACGUUGCCUCUCUCAGUCCUCUUCUACCCCCCUCUCUCCCUCUCUGUCUGUGACUCAUGUGGGUGUAGGGCUGAAAUAGUUUGGUGUAGUUUUACAUUCCUUAUAUAGCCUCUGAGGAGAGGCGAGGGCUUGCCUGUGUCACACACAUACACACAGUGUCGGGGGGUAGGGUUUGCCAACACAGAGAGAAUCUGCUUGCCCCAGCUUACUGACUCUCUAGCUUUCUCCCAGCAGCUUUCUGCCCGUCCCUUGAGGACAAGGUAGGUUUGCAUGGUGGCAUCUUUGGUAGCUAGCUUGUGUGGAUUGACACCUGGUAGGGUCUGUGGAGGAGGAGGAGGAAGAGCUCGGUGAAGGGUGCGGGUACAGAGGCUAUGAAUGCAUACACUGUAACCCUCAGUGGCCCAGCGCCCUGGGGCUUCAGGCUGCAGGGAGGGAAGGACUUCAGCAUGCCCCUCACCGUGUCAAGGCUGACCCCAGGCGGGAAGGCAGCACAGGCCGGUGUCGGGGUUGGAGACUGGGUGGUGUCCAUCGAUGACUCCAAUGCAGAGGAAAUGACCCAUGUGGAGGCACAGAACAAGAUCAGAGCAGCGACAGACUCGCUCACCCUCACCCUUAGCAAAGCUUUCAAAGCGGGCGGAGAGCAGAAGGACUCACACGCUGCUGCUUCUGUUCCAAAGUACUCGUUUGCCCCCAGCACGACCAUUAACAAGAUGGCAAGGCCGUUUACAUCAGGUGGUGGUAGUGCCAACUCAGGACCUGUUAUAAAACCUGUGGCCUACUCGCCUAAACUUAACCCUCCUCGCUCACAGGGUCCCGCCAGUGUGCAGCAGCCUCAGAAUGGCCUUGAGCCAACUCCCUCACCUGCCAAGGCCCAGGCAGCCGAUAAACCAGAUGGAUCAAAGACUGCAGCUGCAGCAGCGGGCAGCUCAGGCCCCUCCGUUCGACCUCCGUGGGUCACUGACCCUGGUUUUGCUGACCGCUUUCGCCCAGACAAGAGCAGCAUCGUGGUGACCCAGCACCAGCAGCCGGUUCAGCCCACACCCAUGCAGAACCGCAGCUCCAUUCUGCAGGCAGCACAGCAGGCGCCUGAAGACAGCGGGAGGACCCCGGUGUGUGGUGCGUGCAAUAAAAUUAUAAGGGGUCGGUACCUGGUGGCACUGGGACGUUCUUGGCAUCCAGAGGAGUUUACAUGUUCACAGUGUAAGGCAGUACUGGAUGUGGGGGGCUUCUUUGAGGAGAGAGGGUCCAUCUACUGCACAAAGUGCCACGAUAGCCGAUAUGCUCCAAACUGUGCCAAGUGCAAAAAGAAGAUCACAGGGGAAAUCAUGCAUGCCCUGAAGAUGACCUACCAUGUUCAGUGUUUCAAGUGUGCAGCUUGCAAGACCCCCAUCAGGAACCAAGCCUUUUACAUGGAGGAGGGUGAACCUUACUGUGAGAAAGACUAUGAGAAGAUGUUUGGCACCAAAUGCCAUGGCUGUGACUUUAAGAUUGAUGCGGGCGAUCGGUUUCUGGAGGCCUUGGGCUACAGCUGGCACGAUACGUGCUUCGUCUGUGCUCUCUGCCAGAUCAACCUGGAGGGGAAGACGUUCUACUCCAAGAAGGAUAAGCCCCUGUGCAAAGGCCAUGCCUUCGCUCCAGUGUGAGAGAGCGAGCUCCAUCUUCAGAGGAAUGUGCUCUCUCUCCCUCAUCUUUACCCCCAUCUGCUCUCACACACUCCUACUUAGACUCAGUCUUUUUUUAUCCUGCAGACUUUGUUUUUAUAUUUGAGGCUGAAUGUUUGCUUCAUGUGCUGUUAGGACAGUUCACUGUAACUGCCUGUAAUACCAAGUGCUGUGUUGUAUAACUGGAAGUAGUCAAGGGAUUAAUUCAUGGCAUCACUAACUUGUGGACUUUUAAGAGAGUUUUAGAUUAAAAUUGCAGCUGCAGUCCUUCCUCAUUUAAUUGUAGCUGUUAGCAGAAAAUUCCCCCUCAUCUGCUAAUCUCCUCCUUAUUCAGUCUCAAAGAAGAUCAAGUCAUUUUCUUUCCCUUUGGUGGAGUCAUUUAGCCUCUAAUAAUUUCACAUAUUGCAGUAAUGUACUCCCGUGUUAAGUGAGGAGAAGAGGUUGCUCCAUUCAGGACCCCGGCCCACUCACUGACUCUCAGCACACUGCCUAUUAGCGUAAUGAUUGUCCAGUCAAGUAGAAACAGAGGGUGUCCCAUCUCUGCCUGACAGGACCCCUGCACCUCUCAAACAGAAGCACGUAUCACAUGUACACUGCAGUUAUUAACCACACAGUUAACUGUAGUUUAGUCAUUUAAAGUCCUGUGUAUCCUCACAUGUAUCAGUGGUUUAAGAUUCUUCAUCCUCUAAGGUAAGAAAAUCCAUCAGAGUUUUGGAUUUAUCACCAUAUAUUAGACUUUAUAAUGUAAAGAAAACAAAUGCUGUCCCUCAUGUUACUAUGAUGUUGUGAUUGUUCUUUAGAUUGCUUUCAUGCUGUUUUGAAUACGUAUUUAUAUUGCUUCAGAAUGGGCCUGUAAGUGUUGUUUUUUAUAGCUGCUGAAUGUUUCAAAUAAAAUUAAUUAGUAAUACCA